AUGAAGUUUGCUCUUGUUUCCCUUGUUGCCUCUGCAGCCCUUGUUUCUGCUACCCCUGCUGGCCAUUUCAACCUCUUUAAGCGUGCCAUCAUUGGUACCAGUACUGUUGUCAUUAAUGGUCAAACUCAACUUCAACUCAUUGACCAAGUCCCUGAAGCUAUUGUUACUUCCACAAGCACAUUGUUUCUUAACUCUGCUGUUGUCACAACAACUUCCAAUUCUUACAUUUGUAAGUUGAUUUCUUUAUUGACGCAUAGUUGACACACUUUUUUUUUUAGUGUCUUUUGAAUCUGGUGACCCACAAUCCAUUAUUGACCGUCUCAAAAGUGCUAUUUUCAACUUGGGUGAAGUAGCUGCCUCUAUUUCUGCCAUUAAUUCUGAAGAUACUUCCUCUGCUAGCUCUGGCUCUUCCUCUGCUAGCUCUAACUCUUCCUCUGCUAGCUCUAACUCUUCCUCUGCUAGCUCUGACUCUUCUUCUGCUAGCUCUAACUCUUCUUCUGCUUCCGAUUCUAGUUCUGAAGCUCCUUCUGUUACUACAGAAACCACCACAGAAACUACUACAGAUUCUGCUACAGAAACCACCACUGAUACCGCUACAGAAACCACCACUGAUACCGCUACAGAAACUACCACUGAUACUGCUACCACCACAGAAACUACCACUGAUAC